GCUAGCUCUUGUUGCAUUUCUUGUAAAUAGCAGUAAAAGCAAUGAGUUCAGUUCGUAGGAUCAGCAUGGCCAUAGUCGGUCUUUCCUUUGUUGUACAAAAGCUUGGUAACCUUCUCACUGAAGAAGCAAACCUGUUGUCUGAAGUGAAAGACCCGGUUGAGCAGAUGCAAAUCAUGCUGAAGGGGAUAAACAGCUUCUUAAGGCGAAUGGAUGCAACACAAGAAGCAGACGAGGAGCUCUGCAGCUUACGAGCAGACAUUAGAAACAUUGCAUAUGAUGCUGAAGAUGUGAUCGACUCUUUCAUCCUGAAAGUUGCCUCCAUUCGUCGGAGGGGUGUUCAAUCAGUAAUCAAGAGGUACGCCUGCUACUUCAACGAAUGGAUGCUUCUGUGUGAGGUUGGGCUGGAGAUAGAAGCGAUCAAGAGAAGGAUCAUUUGCAUCUGGCGAACUUAUGGCAUCGGGCCUCCUUUAGAAGGAGAAAUGUCAACUCAACCGCCUUUAAGGCUACCUGAGUCGAGACGACGGUCCGAUCCUGAUCCCAACGAGGAAGACGAUAUUAUCGGCAUGGAGGAAGAAGUAGAAGCCUUGGUGGAACAACUGAUGAAGCCGGAGGAACGAUGCUGCGUGAUUGCUAUAGUUGGUAUGGGGGGUUUGGGUAAGACCACUCUUGCUAAGAGAGUCUAUAGCCAUAAUACCAUCAAGCCUCGUUUUGAAUGUGGUGCAUGGGUUUAUGUAUCUGAGCAGCACAGAACCAGGGAUAUUUUGAAGGAAAUCUUAGAAAGAAUUGACACUUCAACCAAAGAAGAGAUGGAGAGCUAUGAUGAUGAUGAUGAUGAUGAUGAAAACAUGGGAGACGAGAGUUUGGGGCUCAAGAUUUACCAACAACUGAAUGAUAAGCGAUAUUUAAUAGUUCUUGAUGAUAUAUGGACCAAAGAAGUGUGGGAUGAUCUUAAAUCUGCCUUUCCAGAUGGAAAGAAUGGAAGUAAGAUCCUGGUUACAACACGCUCAAUAAAUGUUGCUUGGCAUGUGGAUCCACAGGGUCGUCACCAUACGCCUCGAUUUUUGACAUCAGAAGAAAGUUGGGAGCUGCUUCGUAGAAAAGCUUUCCCUGAAAAUGGUGAUGCUGACAGAAGCUACUCAACUGUGAAAGAGAAUUUGGGAAGACAAAUGGUUCAGUACUGCAGUGGUCUGCCCUUAGCGAUUGUUGUAAUUGGAGGCCUACUAGCAACAAAAGAGGAGGAAUAUGGCUGGCAGGUAGUGUCCAACAACAUUGUCAAUGCCCAAGUUGGAGUAGAAAAGAUACUUGCUUUAAGUUACUGUGAUUUGCCGUACCACUUGAAACCAUGCUUUCUGUACAUGGGCAUUUUUCCUGCAAACUUUGAUAUCUCUACAAGCAAAUUGUAUCGACUGUGGAUCGCUGAAGGUCUUAUACCACUUGAAACCCUGGGAGAUGAUGUUACAGUGGAAGACAUUGCCGAGGUAUACUUACAGGAGCUGGUCCAGAGGUGUAUGGUUCAGAUUUGCAGAAGCCACUUUGAUGGCAGAAUGAAAACAUGCCGCCUACAUGAUUCCAUCCGAGAGCUAUGCCUACAGAAGGCUUCUGAGGAAAACUUCCUGAAGAUUUUCGAUUCAAGAAAUAGCAGAGAUGUUAAUCCUUCCACAUCCUCUUCUUCUCCUCCAUUCCGUAGGCAUGCUGUUCACUUUGUUCACGACUGGUAUGUAUCCAACAAACACCAUCACUCAUCAAAUAGACACCUUCGCUCUCUUUUAUUCUUCAAUCCACUAUCCAAGUGGAGACCUGGAAUGGAGAAUAGAAGAGUGAAACCCAUUUAUAGGGACUUCAAGUUACUUAGGGUCUUAGAUCUUGAGGAUGUGCACAUAGGUUGCUUACCUGAGGAAAUAGGGAAAUUAAUUCACUUGAGGUACCUGGGGUUGAGGAGGUCUUUUGUAAACUAUAUUCCAGCGUCUGUAGGGAAUUUGAAAUGCUUACAAACCCUAGAUUUGAAGAAUUCUCCCGGUAUCAUUGGUCCACACAACCCUGUUGUAAUAGUUUCCAACGUAAUAUGGAAGAUGGAGCAGCUCAGACAUUUGUUUCUUCCUUCCUAUGGACAUAGUUUCCACCUCCGGCUGCAGACUUUGAGAAAGCUACAGACGCUUUGGGGUAUAGAGGCAGGUCGCUGGAUGGAAGAAGGUGGUGGGUUGGAUAACUUCACCAGCCUUCGGAAAUUAGGGCUACGUUCCAUUACAACCUCGUCACAACAAAUGAACCAGAUACUAGAGAAAAGCUCCUCCAUGACCAGUCUUAAAUCCCUGUCACUGUCUAUAUGCAAUCCUUCUGAUCCUACCCAAAAGUUUCCAGAUUUGGAACGUCUCUCUAACUUUUCUUCUCUUCGCACAUUGCAAUUAUACGGUAUGUUACAGUCGCUACCAUGUAAAUUUCCACCAUACAUCACCAAGUUAACCCUAGUAUUCUCUAGACUCAGUUCAGAUCCGAUGCUAACAUUGGAAGGAUUGCCAAAUUUAAGCUCCCUGGUGUUAGGCAUGUUGACAUAUAUGGGAGACAAAAUGGUUUGUUCUUCAGAAGGGUUUCCUCAGCUCAGAUUUAUGCGACUGGAGGGAUUGCACCAACUGCAAGACUGGGAAGUGAAGGAAGCAGCCAUGCCCAAACUUAAACGCUUGGAGAUUGAAAAUUGUUACAGGUUGAAGAUGAUUCCAGACGGAUUGGUGUCUGUUGGUACCCUCAAGGAACUUGAGAUCAGAAGGAUGCCAAGAGAAUUUGAAAACAGGGUUGGACUUAGAGGAGAGGACCAUUACAAAGUCAGUCACAUACCCUCCAUUACGGUUCUGUUUACUCUCGAUCAGAAUUAAACCUAACAUGGCUAAGACCAAACGCCACUUCUAC